UGGUUGCAGUGGGUAAAUACACUCGCAGUGUGCGUGGGGGGGAGCAGAGAGUGCGCUCUGCCGUGCAGCCAGUCCCAACUAAACCUUCCUGAAAACGCGUAUUUGAAUGCAACUUGUUGACGCCUCUCUAAUCCCCGCAGGAGCACCGUGAAUCGCAUCAGCACCGGGAAGCCCCCGUGUCUCUCCCCCGGGAGCUUAAUUGUUGCUGGAGUCAAACCCACACCGACCUGCGUCCUGGUGCAUCACCAAGAGAUCCGCCGGUACAACAUUUUCUCUGUCUGUUUUUUUUCCACUUUUCACUCACUCUGGUGAUUAAACUCUGGAAAAAGUGGCGUUUUUGCAACGACAUCACAAUUUACAGUAAUGUUCUCGAGUCGCUGAAGUUUGCCGGACGAUUGAGAAUACGAGUUUUGGACGCUGUUUGCGAUCAUUUACAUUCGUAUACAGACACGUACGCUCUUCCUUUUAGAUGAUAUGUGAAGCAGUAUCAGCAUAUAUAACAGUAACAUCUACAGAAGCUGGUGCGCGUUCAGUGUAACCAGUCUGUAUCCUGUUUGUUCGUGCUGGACGUGCGUAAAUGAAGGACGCCGCUCCCGGGAUUCCCUGGUUUCUUUUCUGCUUCGCUUUUAUCAAAUACAAGGAGGAACGAGCAUCACGAAACGAAGAAAAAGACAUGAUGGACACAUUAUCCACAUCCUCUUGGAUUCUAUAAGUUGCAUGGUGCAUCAGGCUUGGCUUGUAAACUGGCUGCAAUAUCAAAAACCCUGCUGACAGGAUGAAAAUGCCUCGGAGGAAGCCGGAUGAAAGCCUGACUAAACCUUCUAAUCUGUACGAACAGCACAAGUGAAAGUUUAUCUGAUAGGCAAUGCACUGAAGAAGAAGCGGUUAAUACACAAGCGUUUAACACUGGGAACCUGAAAUAAUAAAGACUCUGCUGAUCGUGGCAUUUCAGCAAGCUUGUACAUAACUGCCAAAAAGCCCCGCGGAUAUCAAAUAAUUAUCUAUGGGCAGACUUUCUAACUAGAAUUGUUCCUCGGCCGCUUUUGAUGUCAGUCGUGUCACUGUAGUGUUUUGGCUUCCUAGCAUCAUCAGAGACACCAGGCACCGCCAAGUUUCAGUCCGAACCUCAAAUCAGGAGGCCUCAUGUGGACUUGAGAAAAGAUAAGAAAGAGACAACAAGCAAACCUUUGUAUCUGUUGUCAUCAUCUUCCUACAUGCAGCUCCCCGCUUAGCUUUAUUGAAAAGGAGGAGCCCAUUAAAGCAUUUGAUAGAUAGGAAAGCUUGGUCUGAAGGUGUGGUUGCCGGCUGGCUGCUGGUGGGAGAUGAGAUAACAGAUCUGGGAAGAGAGAAAAGACGUGUCUGUCUGAUGGGAGCGGAAUACAAAUUAGGAUCUGGCUCUCUUGCAGCUACACCAGUGGAGCAAAUCAAUACUCGAGAAGUGAAAUGGGCAAAUUAGUCAGUGGUUGAAGGCAAUUCAUCAUCAGGAUCAUUAAUUGUAACGUGAAAUGAUGGAAUUUGACAUUUGCUAAAGGUUGGUAUGAAAUUAUUUAGACAUUAAAGGGUUGAAAAAUUGAGGACAACAUUCAGUGAAGGGAGGAUAAAAGACAAAGUUUUGCAUUUUUUUUGCAACCGAAACCAACAGUGUCAAACCACGAUACAGCCUCCUUCGAUGCCAUGCUGGAACUUUUAAGAUUACAGCAAUGAGUCUAAACUUUAUACAAAUGACGGUUUAAAGGCAUAGAGGCAAGAUGGAGUUGGAUAACAGCUCUUUGGACUACUUCACCAGUAACUUCACAGAGAUUCCUGACACCGCAACAGUUCCACCGUGGAGCGAGGCCACGCUGCUCAGCCUGCAGGUCUCCCUGUCUGCUCUGCUGGCCCUCGUCACCUUGGCUACGGUGCUUUCAAAUGCCUUCGUUAUCGCCACCAUCUUCCUCACCAGGAAGCUCCACACACCUGCCAACUUCCUGAUCGGCUCUCUGGCCGUCACAGACCUGCUGGUGUCGAUUUUAGUCAUGCCAAUAAGCAUCGUCUACACUGUCAGCAAGACGUGGUCGCUGGGGCAGAUUGUUUGUGACAUCUGGCUGUCGUCUGACAUCACGUUCUGCACGGCCUCCAUCCUGCACCUGUGUGUGAUUGCGCUGGACCGCUACUGGGCCAUCACAGAUGCUCUGGAGUACUCAAAACGCCGCACCAUGCGCCGGGCGGCGAUCAUGGUCGGGGUAGUGUGGGUGAUUUCAAUAUCGAUUUCCAUGCCUCCACUUUUCUGGCGGCAGGCCAAAGCCCACGAGGAGCUGACAGAGUGCAUGGUGAAUACAGAUCAGAUCUCUUACACCCUGUACUCCACCUUUGGCGCCUUCUAUGUUCCCACAGUGCUUCUCAUCAUCCUCUACGGACGGAUUUACGUCGCGGCCCGCUCUCGCAUCUUCAAGACGCCGUCGUCGUCUGGGAAGCGUUUCACCACGGCACAGCUCAUCCAGACCUCGGCAGGCUCCUCUCUCUGUUCUCUUAAUUCCGCCUCCCACCAGGAAGCGCACCUACACUCUGGAGGCGGCGGAGGAGGAGGGGGAGGAUCGCCGCUGUUCAUGAAUAGUGUGAAAGUGAAGCUGGCAGACAGCGUGCUGGAGAGGAAACGUCUGUGCGCAGCGCGGGAGAGGAAAGCAACCAAGACUCUGGGCAUCAUCCUGGGCGCCUUCAUUGUCUGUUGGCUGCCGUUCUUUGUUGGCACUCUCGUCAUGGCCAUAUGUAAAGAUUGCUGGUUUGAUCCGGUGCUGUUUGAUAUCUUUACCUGGCUUGGAUACCUGAACUCCCUUAUCAAUCCCGUCAUCUACACCGCAUUCAAUGAUGAGUUCAAGCAGGCUUUCCAAAAACUCGUCAAAUUCAGACGGUGCUCCUGAAGAACCCAGAGUGGAUUAAAACUUGCAUUUCCAGGAAGAAAAAGAAGAUAAUAUAUCAUAAUGAUAGUGGAACUGUACACUUAGAUGUCCCAUCUUGUAAGCACAUGCUAAAUGUUAUAUCUUUUUUUUUUAACAUCGAUCCGCUGCGUGCCAUAGAUCUUUAGAUACAGUAUAUCUAUCAUAUAGACUGAUGCAUGCUUCUUUAAAAAGAGAAAAUCUCUAAAACUGUGGAACCCAUCUUCAGAAAAAUGAAGGGAGUUUUAAGUCUGUUUCAGGUCACAGGGACAUUGCUGUUAUUUCUUGGACAAGAGCAAAAAUUCUAAACAAACAAGGACUUAGGGUGACUGUGUGGAAAGAGCAAAACUCAGAGCGACUGGAUUUAAUCCGGGGGAAAUGAAAAGCCAUGAAAUAUAUGUUGUCUAAAUCUGUGUCAUGCUUUAUGCCGCUGCUCCCAUAUGAUGUUUCCGUGGUACAGUAAAGUGCUUAGAAAGACUCCGUAUUCUAAAGAUUCAGUAAAAACUGUCUCUACAUAUGCAAUUAUACUUGAAAGAGGUGUGUGUGUGUGAGUGUGUGUAACGGUAGUUCCUGUAAUAUAUGUGUGUUUGAAGAAGGGAGGAUUUUCAAGGGUUUGACAUUUCUACAUGCUAUUCUCCAGUGAGGCAUUUCUCGUCAUUACAGAGACUGAAAUGGAAGCAACAUUUCCACUCUGAAUGUUAAAUAGCACACAAUGCCAUAGCAACAAAUAAUUCCCUCUGACAUUCCUCCAAACUGAUGUUGCUCAAGCGAAAAAAAAUGUCAGAAGAAGGGUCAAACUUAUCAAUGAGGCUUGGAUACAGAGAAUGAUUCUGUUUGAGGGAUUUAAUGUGUUUGCUUUCUUAAUGUAAAUGCUUAUUUUACCUUCAUGUGGGAAAGUGUCAUUAGCAGAUGCUAUGUUAUCACAGGAAUACACAGAUGGUGAAUAUGAAAAAAAAAAGGUUGUUACCCUCAGUCCUGACAGCCGUAGACUGAAAUCUGUGGUUGAUGAUGGAUUGUAUGUGCCAUAUUUCAUUGAGGAUAUAACGGCUAAUGUAAUAACUGUGGAUGUGUUUCCCAAAUAACUUUUUUUAUGUUUAAAGGUGUAAAGAAAGAAUAUAAAAUGGCAGGUGAGUGGGUUAAAAAAAAGAAAUCGAAGAUGUUUGAGAAAGAAAAUCAAGCAAACAAAAAAUAAAACUUAAAAGAUAA